ACAAACUAAAAUGUAGAUCCGGGUGAGCAUGCGCUGAAUUACAAAAUCAUUUUUUACACAAUUAUAAUCUGUCUAUGCUAUUAUAAUUGUAUUUUAACAUACUUCAAUAGACGGAUAGAGAGAGCCCACAGAGAUACUUGUGACGCCACUGGUUUUGACUAGAUGGGAUGCAGUUUGUAUUAGAACUGACUUCUCAUAGCAGGUUAGAAUUUACGCUGCAGGUUAGGACAAUUAGGUUAAGGUUAGGAAAACGGUUAGCUAAAAUGCACUAAAAAAAUAAGGGAAAAAAAAACACCUUUAGACCUAAGUUUGACAAACUGCAUCUCCUCUAGCCAUGCCCACAUGCUGCUUGCUUGGUCAAACAGUUGGAUAAACGCAAAAGUAGUUAGGUUAGCUAGCCGGUCGUGUAUUUCUUGGACAUAUGAUAUACUAACGUUACAUAUUACUAAUGUCAAAACGGGUUUAGCAACAGCAUUAGCUAGCCACGAACAUCAAACCUACAUGUUUACAGUUAAACAACAUAACCAUGACAGUGAGGCAUGAAUGAGAUUAUUAUCAACAUUAGAACACGGGAGUUUGCCAGUUAAGACGAACGUCUAUGGAUCUGAUUUCCCAUCAAAGCCCAUCAACAUGACGAGGAAGCAACAUGGGAGAAGGGCGAGAAAGAAGAGGCAACGGGAGUGCAGAGAAACAACUGUUCAGACUGUGACACUAUCUCAUGAACCACAGUUUGUGGCUCUAAGAAGAUGGCUGCAACAGAGAGGCUUCAGCUCCAAGCUUCUAGUACCUGCACACUUCUCAGACACGGGACGUGGACUAAUGACCUUACAGCCUAUCAAGGCUGAGGAUUUGGUGAUCUCCUUACCAGAAAAAUGCCUUUUAACUACCUCUACGGUUCUAAGGAGCUACAUUGGUGAAUACAUAGAAAGAUGGAAACCGCCUGUGUCUCCUCUCUUAGCCCUCUGUGCUUUCCUCAUCUCUGAGAGACAUUUUGGCCAACGUGCAGAAUGGAAGCCCUACAUCGACGUCCUGCCCCAAAAAUACACGUGCCCUGCUUACUUCUCAGAUGAGGUCAUCGACCUGCUGCCGGGGAGUCUGAGUGGGAAGGCCCUGGAGCAGAGAGCCAUGGUUCAGGAGCUGCACUCCUCUUCAUUGGACUUCUUCAGCUCCCUCCAGCCUCUCUUCAGUCAGCCCGUGGAGAGUGUGUUCACGUAUGAUGCACUGCGCUGGGCAUGGUGCAGUGUGAACACGCGCACUGUGUACAUGGAGCACCAACACACCCCCUACAUGUCCAGGGAGAGAAAUGUGUAUGCCUUAGCCCCCUACCUGGACCUGCUCAACCACUGCCCAGCCAUACAGGUAAAGGCGAGCUUCAGCCAUGUGAGCAGGUGCUAUGAGAUCCGUAGCAUCCAAGGCUGCAAGAGAUUCCAGCAGGUUUUUAUCUGCUACGGUCCCCAUGACAACCAACGUCUCCUGUUAGAGUAUGGGUUUGUUGCUCCUGGAAACCCUCACAGUGUGGUGUAUGUGGACCAAGUUAUCCUUCAACAGUGCGUCUGUAUAAAAGACAUAAAUCAGCUGGCACAGAAGCUACUCUUCCUGAAGAAAAAUGACUUUUUAGCAAACUUGACCCUUAGUUUGGAUGGGCCCUCCUGGAGACUGAUGACCGCCCUCAGGCUGCUGUCACUUAAGACAGAACAAUACCCUUUCUGGAAGAGUGUCCUCUUGGGGGCGGGGGUGAGCCAUGACAGAGAGGAGUGGAGUGUCGAUGCAGCCCUUAGGCUUUGUCACUACCUGAUGGUUGACAACACUAGAGCUCUGAACAAGAUAUCCCAACUAACAGAGAGGGCAGACGCGUCUCUCAAGGAGCAGCUAGCUGUUGUGGAAUGUCUACGACGAGAAGAGCAAGACAUUUUAGGUCUUAACCAGGAAAUGCUGCAGGGUCUUCAGAAACAAUUGUUGCCAAGCAGACAGCAUGCACAACUUAGAACAGCAUGCACAACUUAGUAUGACAUUCCAGAACCGGUCACUUUAUUUAUCACUGGCUAUGCUUCUGUUUCAUUAUCAGUGCAAUGAAGUGUCCCUGCAAAAGGGCACUGUCACUAGCUAUGUUUCCAUGAACUUGUCCAGUGAUUUAUUUUGAACGUUUGCAUAGAAAAUAGAUGCGACAAUUGCCUGCUAGGGUGCAUUUCCAUUGAACUAUUUUGUCGAUUAAAAACAGCUGGACGUAAUGACAUCUCACCUAAAAAACAUGUCUGCAGUAAAAGUUGUGCCCCUGGCAACAAUUGACUAAUAUUUGCCAUAUUCUAAUAAUUCUCAUGUGCCAACGUAUAGCCUCGGAUCUAGCGCCCUUGGGCAGGCAAUAUCGGCUGCCUAGGCUAGUCUGUGCAAUGUUGAAUCUUGCACUGAAAUAAUUCAGAAAAGCAAGGGAAAGUAUUCUUAAGUCAGGACAAUCCUUGUGCUAUUUUUAUAGAUGGAAAAUUGUUAUUUUGUAAUCAGUGGGCAUUUAAUAUUAAAUGUAGAGUGGAUGAUGACAUCACGUACCCUAAAAGUAUUCAGCAAUCUUGUUCAAAAAACGGUUAAUGUCAAUUUGUCGAAAAGAAAGUUAGAAAUGAUUUUUUUUUGGUCCAUCUUUAGAAAAUGUCUCAUAUCUGCCGUUUCCAUUACACGCCGCAAUGAUUUUGUUGAAUAAACCUGGGUCAAUGGAAACCUGUCUAUCGAUAGGUCAACAACCUCACAUCAGGGGUACGUUAACGUUUGCUACAUUGCAGAACGGUUUGUAUUGAAUGAAACAUUUUCCCAAAAUUUCUUGUGUAUGUUCUUGAACAGACUUUUAAAUACGUUUGCGCCAGUCGGUGGGUUUGCCAGGGUGUGGGUUAAAGCAAUGAGUGACGUAUUUAAGGAUAGCUGUGCAUUUUGAACCCACAACCAAACCCUGCCAUGUUUUUUUUCAAUUGGUCGUUCAGUACAGCACAAUUUCUGUUCAAUUGAACUUUCUAUUACGUUAUGUACUGAAUGCAGCCCUGUUAACUCUGGCCAAUCACAGUGAGGGUCACUUGACAACAGAGCGUUGACUGGAAGGACAAAUUUGGAAGUGACCCGUCUCUCAACACUUCUGAUAUGCCCUCAGAGAGCGGUACAGAUGGACAAUGGUAUCUCUCCAAUCCCACAAAGCCUCCAGAAACAGGACAUUGUUGUUUCCCCACCUUAGAUUAAAUCAUUUAGCAAGAAUUUCUCUGGUCACAAAUGACACAAGAAAAGCAGUUGCAGUUCAUGUAGAAUUCAAGCUGGGUCAUGUUCAGUAAGGCACCAAACGGAAUAAAACUUCUAGAUUCUA